GCCUACGUGGGACAUUUGGUUUUGGUUCUUUGCAGGAAAUGACACUCCAUACAGUACAUUACCUCCACCUGUCCUCUUGGAAUUCGAGGCGUCGCAACGUACAAGACAAAAAGCAGGUAAAGCACGACUAUACACUCGGUUACACUGGUCUCCGGGAGGCCUAACACCCUCAUAACUGCGUUUAGCAAAGCAGGUAGCCCGAAACCUAACAGUACGGUGAGAAACACUGAAAACGACACAAGCAUUGCCACUCGGAACCCAGGGAGCGGGGCCAUCUUGACUGAAUGGUGUGUUUACUUUCCUGGAAAGGUCUACAUCAUCCAGCGCGCGGUCACGGCACGCCCCCCACAUCACGAAAGCCAUCGGGCUGCAUUCAAAACGGCAAGACGACUUUAGCAACCCUCGGGAAGCUUCUUCUUCCUCUCUUUACAGUUUUUCCCAGUCGCUUUGGUGCAUUUCUCAGAUCAGAAUGAAAGUUCUCACAGCAAUUAGUUCAACCUCCACAACAUGGAGUCAUUUUUACACAUCAUCGUAGCAGUUUCUCAUUCCUCUGAACAAAUUGCAAAUGCUCCUGGACAUGUAUCAGUUACUUCUAUACAAUUCUCUGCUGUUUUAUAACAUUAUCAUUUGCUUAAGUCAUGUCAGUCAAAAUGAAACAUACUUAUCAAUGCUGAAUAGUCAUUCCCUAUUAAACCAGUAGUCCUCAUUUCAUUGCUUGAGUCAUUUCAUAGCCGACAAAAAUUGUUGAACUAGUUGUCAAAUUCUGUCAAGCUGAUUUCAUACAUUCCUUUAUCAUUUUUUUUUCUCCUGAAAAUGUCUCCUAAAUUGAACAAUUACUCUUAGGUGAACCUCAGCUUUCACUCAUGCGGAGGUGUGUGAAGCAUUAGUUGUAACCAAUGAGAAGCCCAUGAACCCCCACUUGGCAUGCAUAUAUAAACCAAGUGGGACUAGUGUGUACCAUUUCUACAAUUCACAAAAAUAUAAGGUUAGCGUUGUUUACACUAAUAUGUACUGUUAUAUUGUAUAUAAUUGUAUUAUAUAUUAUAUAUUGUAUAUUUGUGCACAGAUCUACCAAAAUUGUAUUUCUUAUGUUUGUUCUAAAUAAGUGACUGUGAUUUUUUUUUUCACAAUGCUGUAGAAUUGCAAAGAGCAAAUGCAGUCAAUAUGUGAAACAUACAUGUGUCAUGUACUCAGUUACCUCACUAAAUACUGUAAUGUGUAACUUUACUGUAGUUUUUAAAUGGCUGUACUGGUAGUGUAUAGUGCUGUCUUGAGCAUUUUCAGGUAGUGUCACAAAGAUCUGACUUUUUUGCGUUGGAAAACACAGAGGGUAAAGUGUCAUGAUGAAAACAUGACAAAGCCAUUUGACUGUCUUGUUCUUAACCCUUGUGUAACCCUUAGAUUUACAUCCUGUCUUAACGCUCAGUGGCUAAAAAAAAGCCACUGACAUUGACUGCUGUAAAAACAUAUUGGAUUCAUAUUUUUUCCAGAUUUUUUUUCUUAUAUCUCUUAAUUAACUUCUGCUCUAUUCAAAACUAGUAAAUGUUUCAUUAAGAAUCCAAAUCUUAACCCUUUAAGGACCCAUUUAAAACAUAAACUCACUAAUAUUGGGGGAAAAAUGGGAGGAAAAUGACUGAUUUUUAUUAAAUUUAUUUUCUACCAUAUCAGUGACAUUAUGUUUUGAAUGGACCCUCAAAGGGUUAAAAAAUGUUUUUAGAUUAAACAUUAACUAGUUUUUAUUGAAGCAGAAGUUAAUUAAGAGAUAUAUGAAAAAAAAAACGAAAAAAAAAAAUAUUAACCCAUUAUGUUUUUACAGCAGUCAAAGUUAGUGGCUUUUUUUUUUUGCCACUGAGCGUUAACAAAGGAUGAAAAUUUGCCCAGCUCGUAUUUUUGACCUUUGAAGUCAUAUUCUCAAAGUGUCCGUCAAUAUAAGCAUCUGCACAAAAAAAAUUGCUGCAGUAAAAAAAAAAGUUACAUGGAAAUUAGUGGCUAAAUUUUGCCCCUAGUGGCUGAUUUUAGCCACAGCGUUACACGAGGGUUGGUGUCAGGACUUAUUAAUUUGAUGACACAGACACUUUCAUUGACAUGAAUACUUGCUUUUCAGGAAUCAGCUAUUCAUUUUGAAUAAGUGACGCACUUUUGCAUGUUAUCCGCUAGGUUCUGCAGUUUGUACUAAUUGUUCUGUGAAAUGCAAAUGUUAAUAGUGAUGUGAGAAAUGCACCAAAGCGACUGAGAAACUGUAACAUUAACCAUGAACCAAAUGAAUAAACUCCAGUCUCAGUUAAUAAGUCAUCAGACCAAGUCAUUUCUUUAUAAAUUUGCCACAGUCUUUGACUUUAUCAUAUUUUUGUAGCUUGUUAUAUAGACUUCAGGAAAAAUACCGUAAUAAGGUUUUUAAACAGUUCCAGUAGCAUCAGAAACAGCUCUGGGUAGCAGCCAGGUGUGCACUCACUGUCGCUACACCUCCUCUUUAGGUGGAACUAUCUCUUUGAUAACUCGUUAGGUGUCUCUAGUAAUUCAUUUUUAACAUUUAACCAUUUCUUUAUUAAUGAAUAAUGAGGAGUCUCCAUUUAUCUCCACAGCUUCACUCUCAGUCUCUGAUCAGUCAGUGUAAAGAUAUGGGGAGAGAUUUGUCUCAAAUUUAUGCACAAAUAUGUAUACUCAAUGUCCACACAUGAUCCACAAAUAUAUGUCCAUGAUUUUCACAGUUGAUUUUUAAUUGUGUGUGUGCAUUUAUCAUGACUUACAUCUUCAAUACUGCUUUUAAUUGUUGAAAACGUUUUUGUGUGCACACGCAUUUAAUUUUGAGACAAACAUCACACAGUUUUCAAGAUAUGCACACACACAAGUUGAGGAUAUUCACAUGUGUGGAGAACACCGCCUCUCACAUCCACUGGGUAGCAGUGUUGCUCCCUCUGUUGAGAGCGUAGACUGUGAGGAAGAUGAUUGACAGCUAUCCACCUUAAAAGUGGGGAGAAGUUUCUCUGCUUCUAUAGUGGAUUCUGCCAGUCAUCCUCUUCACAGUCUGUGCCCUUAACAGAGAGACAGAGACCCAAAAUAAACUCAAAUUCUGAUGAUUUAUUUGUUGUGUUUUAUGGUACAGGUGCCCGCAGUUGGACUCGACAUAUUGAAAGACGAGGAGGAUCAUUAAACAGAGCAGUGGAUACUCUCAAGUGAUGUUAUCAUCUGUGUUUUCACCUGCAUGACAGGGGACAAUGUCUUCCAAAGGUUGAAGAAGUCAGCAUAUAUGCUCUUUUACCAGAAGAUGGUGAAAAUUAAUAAGCACAUGUUGAGCAAACAUAGAUUAUAAUUAAAUAAGCUGAAUUCUCCACAAACAGAGAUCAUUAACUGUCUUUAUGUCUGUUGUAGGUACGAACAAGUCUGGCAGUUGGGAGGUUGUCCUCGCCGUGUUGAUGAUAUGUUUGCUUUUGAUAUGUGUCUCAUUGCUCAAGCUAUUUGAAAGCCAUUGUGAGUUUAUUUGCCAGUGUGCGGUAACUUAGUAUACACUUAAGCACUGUUUUCAACAGCACUGGAGAGUUGCAGUCACUCCUUUGAGUGCAAGCCCUAGCCCACUUCUUUUAAUUGUCUUGGGCUUGAAAUGAGCAUGUCAUCAUUUAAAGCACACUCCCAAAGUGUAGAAAUUUUACAGUCAAGGUUUGCAUCCCCGCAGUGCUAGACUGAACUGAGUUGAGCCGAGCACAGCCUCAAUGACCCAGACAGACCCAAAAAGAAGUACUAUAAAUGAGCACACUCACCAAACAUUGCUGGUAUAGGAUCAGAUCAGGGUCAAAACAUUAGACAGCUGCUCUUGGAGGUUUUCUGAUACGUUCAGUUAUUAUAUCAUACAAUGGGCAAAAUGAUCACCUAAUUGCACAUGCAGAAAUAGAGAAAAGAUUUGACCUUACCCGUCAGCCAUUUUAGUUUCUGCUGGAGUGCUAUGUAAUGUGAUAUUACUCUACCAUGCUAGUUACAGUAAUCUGUUCACUCAGUUAUUGGCUGUAUUUAAUUGUUACAGACCAGUUGUAUCAGAAAGUACUCAGUACUCCAUAUUCAAUACUCAAGCAGAGUAUUACCGUUGUGUUUUUUCCUCCUUAACCAAAAGUAGCUCCCCUUUAAGCCCCACUCCCCACCCAAACUAGCGAUACCUUCCCUGUUCUUAUCUCAGUACACUAAUAGUCAGUUAAAUAGCUGACACUAGUCAGAAGCAAAUGAGUGUAAUAAUGUAAAAAGACUAAAACAUCAUUUUAAAGAGUAACAAUUGUCCAUAUACAAUAUUAGCAUAUCAGCUUGCUCUCAAACCAUGUCUGUACUCCACAAGAUCUCACUCUGUUUUUCCAUGAAAGAAGAAUUUGACAGCGAUUGAAAUAAAUCACACAUUUUCUUUCAGUGUUUGUUUGUUUGGAUAGUAAUGAUUGCAUGAGGCUUCUUGAUUAGCUUGCUAGCUAGUAGAAGUCGAAUAUGAGAUCAUUUUGUUUAUCACCUAGAGAUGAAGAGCAAAUGUCUCUGAAAAAGAGACAGAAUUACAAAAGACUAAUGAAAAUUCUUGAUCUUGGCCAGUGGACCUUAACAAAAACUGUAGGAUCCUAUGUGAAAUUGAGGCUCGUGUAUGGUGCAAAUCUUAGUUAAAACUUGACGACUUGACCUGUCACUGACACUGCUGUUAAAGUUAAAUAAUAUCAAAAAUUAAGAUAAUAGUAACAUUUAAUCACCUCUGAGAACAACUUGUAGUCAAAUGUGCAAAUGUCAUGUGGGGACGAGUCGCAGUGAUGUCAACUUGUUAACUUCCAGGAAUGAAUCAGAUUAGCCUAUUACAGCAUGACGGUGCUAACCCAUAUUGUGCAUGAAUUACAACAAAAUAGCUCUGCAUUCAAAGAGUCUGCAUGCUGAAGUAGCUUACCUGCAGUCUCAGCUUGGCAACCAAAAGUUGUGCAAAAUUAAAAAUAGAAAAAAGAAGACCCCAGCCUGUCACCAGCUGAGAUCUUCCGUCAGGCAAAAACAAGGAAUAACUAUCCAUUUUUAAAACUCUACAGAAAGAGUUUUUUUUUUUAAAGGAGAAAUGACUCAUCAUGAUGGCAGACAUGUCCCUGCUAUAACUUUUUGAAACUAUGUGACCAUGUGACUUUCAACAUCAGAUUUGUCAUUUUUACAUAUUGAAUAAAUGUGUUGCUUGAUAUUAUGCAAAAUAUAAAAAUAAGAAACUGUCCAGGAAAAAAAAAGAUUCCCUGGCAUGAUUGAGCAGUUUUUUUGAAACAUAUUGUUCACUAAGGUAUCCAUUUUAAGUUUUAAGUUGUGGCAGACUUAUGUUGUGAUCUGUUGCCAUAGUAACUGGGGAAGCCAGGGGGAAUUCCAUGACUGUGCUUUGACAUUACUAUGAUGUCAUCACUUUAAUGACAUCAUAGUGAUGUCAUCACUUUGAUGUCAUUAAAGUGAUGACAUCACAGCCCUGAGGCAAAUCAGAAACUUGGUAAUGACUGUACCAAGGUAAAAAUGAUCGAACUUUGCUUUAGGAUCAUUUUUAAAGGAGACACAAAACUGUUUUAACACCAACUUACAAACACAAACACAAACACAGCCAUGAGCCUCUCCACUAGUAGGAUGGAACAGAACUUUACGCUGAAAACUACAACCACACUUCAGACAGUCAUCCACAUGUACCUAGAUGAUUUGCUUGCGGUUAUGGAGGAUCAACAAAAGACUGAAUUUACUGACCCAGAAAUAACGAGGAUCAUUGUAGAUAUGUGCGCUUCUAUUACUGAAGUUAUCAGCAAUGGUCUGCUUGAGAUAUUUGAAAGGAGAUCAGAAAUACAAGUCUACUUGUCACCAGGAUCUGUUGAAUCAGAGGAGGGCUUCACUGUGUCUAAGUGGGAUGUGUAUCAGUACAUCGGUAAUGUAGGUGAAGUCAUCACACACACUGUGGCUGAUAUAGAGGGUGCAGGUGACAUCUACUUCCCGCAGGCAGGGGAGGUGACAGAGCUUGUGCUUGAAGCAGUCAGCAUGAAACUUAACUCCAAGCUGUCCAAAACAAGUUGCACAGAAGCCAUAGCGCCGCGCGAGAUUUUUAAGAGUCUUCUUAUCCAACAGAGUGAACACAUCAGGAGGAUCCUAACACUCUCCCCAAGAGUUUGGAACAUUUUGAAAAAGUUGGGAGCUGAGGAAAGAAAGAUGUCAACAUUAGAGCCGGUGGAGGAGAUUAAAGCCGUGUCUCAGACUGAGCAGGAGGAUAAGGUGUUGGAAACCACUCAUACCCCUGCAAGUUCUCUGCAAGAGUCCAUAUUAAAAUUUGACAUUGAAGAAGCCAAUGAAAUCACUGCAAGAAAACUGAAAGAAGCGACCAAUUUCGACUUUCAGGGUUUUGUGGAAGAAGCAGACAUGCUUCUUUCUGAAGAAAGCCAGGAUUCAGAGGACUCACUAGAGAUUCAGACUGAAGGAGAUCAUUUCAUGCUGUGCAAGACUAAGGACAACGUAAGCAUAACUGUGAGAGAGUUCAGUAAAGUUGUGCACUCUCCAAAAUCAGGUGUUGGUUCCCAGACAGAGGCUGAGGGUCACACCUGCCCCACACCUAUGCAAGAAGAAGUCCAAAGUCUCACAGCUGAGGAGGAAAAAGAAGAGGCCUGCUCAGAUGAGGAGGAAGAGGAAGAUGCCUACUCAGAUGAGGAGGAAGAGGAAGAUGCCUACUCAGAUGAGGAGGAAGAAGAGGAGGCCUGCUCAGCUAAGCAGGAAGAGGAAGAAGCCUGCUCAGUUGAGGAAGAAGAACAGUCAGUAUUCAGGGAAUACAUAAACCCUGCUGAUGAGUUGGUCUCACUGGUUUGGGACAUCAUUCUGAUCGAGCUCAUACACAUGGUCAUGAAAGGUUUCCCCACCACCGGUCCCCCCCCUAACUUCUCAUCAGUGGCAAUGAGGCUUAAAAGAAUACUGGUUGCAGAGAAGAGAGGUGCUGACGUCAAUAUCAAUUGUAGCCACAAAAAGAUCCUGAAGAUAUGCAAGGCCGUCCACAAAGACCUGAGCAAAGAGUUUGGUAAGGAAGGUCUUUGGAAUGGUCUCAUGGUACAGGAUGAAACAGUCAUUGAGGCUGUGGUUGACUCUCUGAACAAGCAUCUUUCACCAAAAAGACCCAACCCUGUCAAAAGGUUCUUUAAAAGUCUUUUCAGGCCUUUCACUGCCCUCCUUAAAAGUGGCUAGAAACAUCAGGGUUUGGGUGGGCGGGUGGGUGGGUGGGACAACAACCCUUUUUCACAGCUGUCAUUCUGUGGACUAGUGAACCUUCAGGUUCCUGCUCUGACAGAAUCUCAGCUGUGUAAAAGGUUAUCAGGGCUCUGACGUCUGUCCUUAUGUCCAGGUUUUUCUCUGUGCUACCAGCCUCGAAGCUCAGAGUGUCCAAGCUGGAUAUGAGGACAGACUUCAUGUCCUUUACGGGUUUUCUCCGAGUGCUUCGGUUUCUCCCAAAACAAGACUAAAUAAAAAAGAAAAAAAAGGGUUUCUCCCAAAACCCUAAAAAAUAAUUUCCCCUCCUCGAGCUACCACCUUACCGUGGUGGAGGGGUUUGCGUGUCCCAAUGAUCCCAGGAGCUAAGUUGCCAGGGGCUUUAUGCCUCUGUUAGGGUUACCUAUGGCAAGCAGGUUCUGGGGGAGAGACCAGACGAAGGGUAGCUCAAAUAGACCCUUUUUGAUGAAUUAAAUAUUUGGUAACAAAUUUCCCUCACCAGACGCCUUACUGCUGUCAAAAAUCACAUUUGACAGCAAUUAUGCAGUGUAAUGAAACAACGCUGAGAUUUCUAAGCAUGCACAAAAAAAGCUGCGUUUACAAACUGAUAUUAUCUAUAAACAUAUAACACACACAUGCACGCACGCACGCACGCACUAAAUCCCUGAAAAAAAACUUGAUGUGAGCUGUUUAAAAUAAGUAUAAAAGAUAACUAAAGUAGAGAGUUGGGUCAUUAUAGGCCAGGCUGCAUGACUAAGAGUGGUACACACAGCAGAUAUGAGCCAGCAUAGCUGUCUGCAGGAGUUCCUACGUUAAAGCAAAGCUAUGCACUGCAGAUGGGUCACAAGAAGCAACUUACACCACUUGCAAAAAGUCUUUGAGUCAAAAAUGUAUGUUUUUAUUUUUGUUUUAGAUUAUUACAUAUCGCCUUCAAACACCUGAACUAUCCUUGAAUAAUUUCACACAAAACAUGCCAAGUACAAGGUUUAUGCUGAGAAAUGGUCUCCGAUUUGUUAGUUUUGUACACCAACGUUUCCUGGUUUGGUUCAGAAAAGAUCAUGGCUCGGAUUAAAAUUUAACUGUGACCUUCACAUGCUCUCAAACAGCUUCAACAACAGAACAUGUUGUUGAAGCUACAAGUGGAACUUUUGACUUAAACUAAAAACUGAAAUGCUAGAAAGAAAAGGAAUAAUGCAUCAAAAUUGAUAUUGCUAUUCAAAAUUGACCCAAAGCUUUUUUUUAGUCAUCAGGAUAUGAGAAAUAUUAAACUUUGGUCUUUUUUUGUUUGUUUUUUAAUGAAAAAUCUGGUUUAUUGUGUUAAUGAACUAGCAUUUAAAGGGUGAAAAAAUCGGAAUGAUUCAUAAUAGGUAUUAAUAUACAGGACGGAAACUGAGGAGAAGAUAUAAAUAAUAAAAGCUUGUGAAAUAUGUCAAUGUAAGAUAAUUCAAAUGAAGUUUUGUAAUUAAAUGGGUUUUUUAUAUCUGACAAAGUAAAAAAAAUUAACAUACCCCCCAAACAUUUUUACUGGUGAUCACAAAAAUGUCCUGAGCUGAGUUUUUUUUUUUUUUUUUUUUUUCGAAAGUUGCCUCAUAGUGAAACAUGUUGGAAAACAUAUAUACAUUUUUUUCAAUGCAUUGUGUAUGUAGACUGGCAUAGGGUUAAAAUUCUGAAAAUUAUUAAUCAUUUGAUAUUUAUAAACAGAGUUGAAGCUAGUGAAAUAAAUGUGAUUCAUUAUAAGUUAAAAACAAUAUUUAUGUGUAAUUGUAUGUCAGUUUUUGGCUAUAAACUUACUUUUUGUCCUGUACUGUAAAAAGAGAAGUUUUAAAAUAAGUCAACAUUUAAUAUAAAUAAACAAUAAAUCUGCUUAAAAGAUUUGACCCAUUAAAAGAAGAGAUCAGAUCCAUGUAGAACUAUUUUUUUUGCCAUGGAAAAGUUAAUUUCAGGAUGUCAGGAACUUUUUGUUGCUGAGACAUGAAGCCUCAGUUUAUCCGCAAAUCUCUAAACAAAACUGAAAUUAUCUCCUCUCUGUUCCUCUACCCUCUGCAGUUAUUUCAUGGACAUUGCACGUCUCCGUGACGCUGGUGACACUCGCCGCAAACUUCAGGCUCUGGGUAAAUUUAAGAGGGUUCUCUCUGUCCAGGCCCCAGAGUUUGUGGACCACCAUCAGAAAGUAAGUCAGCUCGUUUUCUUUAAAGUUUCACUAGCUGCUCCUUGUCUGCUUAUCCAAUCAAACCUGUGAUUCUGUCUGCUCAGGAUGCCCACGAGUUUUUGACCCCUGUUCUGGGUCAGAUGAGGGACCUGGCUGCGCCACUGAGGCAAGUUGCCUCUAUCCUGGGGAGGACCUACAGAUGUCCUGUGGAAAGGAACCUGGUGUUCAGGAUGCAGAAUUGCAGAAAAUGCAAGAGGUAA